AAAAUACCUUUGUCAUACUCAUUUCUACUUUGACAGAUUGAAAAGGAAUCCAAUUACUUUAGGAAAAUGUCAUCUCAAGUAACAGAAAAUCAACGUGAAAAUGCAGAGAUUUUCACUGGCCCAACGAUCUGCAAGCAGAAAUCUCAACAACUUUUGGAGCAAAUCAAUAUGCCAAAAGGGCUUCUUCCAUUGGAUGAUCUAAUAGAAAUAGGACACAAUAAGCAAACCGGAUUUGUAUGGCUGAAACAGAAGAAGGCAAAAGAAAAUCGGUUUAAGAAAAUCGGAAAACUUGUCUGGUAUGACACCGAGGUCACCGGAUUCCUUGAAGAUCGCCGGAUGAAGAAACUCACCGGCGUUAAAAGUAAGGAACUGUUGAUCUGGGUAACAAUUUCUGAUAUUUCUAUUCAGGUCUCUGAUUUAGAGAAAAUUACAUUUGCUACCCCUUCUGGAAUUUCUAAAGCUUUUCCGGUGUCUGCGUUCGAGGAGUGAGGGGAUGAGAUUGGUUCUAUCAUUUUUAGUUUUUGGUUUAAUAAUAUUGUUCUAUUUUUAAAGUUGUGAAAUAAUAAUAGAAAAGAAAUGUGAAAAUGAAAUUAGUUAUUUUUAGUAUGAAGUCUAUGUUGUAUUGCCAAGUAUAAAUCAAAGGUCCAUGUAGGUUUACCCAGACUGUUACAAGCCAAUCUUUUCAAUGGCACUUUAUUGUAUUCACCUCUCAAUUCUUUAUACAUCCCUUUAAUUCUAUA